UCCUGUUAAUCUGUUGCACAGGACAAGCUCUCGCUUCCAGCUUCCAGCUCCUGUGUUUCUGCCACAGCUCCUCUGAGCUUCAUAACCACAUGUUGCUGUGCUGAUUGACUGCAUUAACGUUCCUCCAGCUGCUUCUAUAUCUGUCGGUCUCUUUGCCUCCCUCCCAUCUUUGUUCUGCUCAGUUGUUGUGUUCACCUCCAAGAGGUAGAGAGCUUUUCGGAGUUGCAGCCGAUUAUUUUGGACAUCACUAAUGCAGAGAGAGAAUUGCGACCGCUGCAGAUGUGAGCCUUUUUAGCGAAACAUCACCUAUCGCCCCCUUCUCUGCAUGCGUGAAGCUGUACUGGACAGAACCACCAUCAUGCCAGGCCUGAUCAACAAGAGCAAACGGAGCGCUCUGCCUCUCAGUGUCUCAGACAUCACUUCCUGUGUCAGGGGUUACACCCUGGCAAUGACGGCCUCCUUGACCUAUGAAAACAUUGAAGAUCACCCCGUCGAGGGAAUCUUUAUAUACCCUCUGGAUGAGUGCAGCGUGGUGGUUGGAUUCGAAGCGAUGAUUGGCAGUCAGAUAAUAACCGUGCAGGUCAAAGACAAAACGAAAAUCGAUGACUGUUACUUUGAUUGCUGCAAUGCCAGUGGAGCCCCGCAGAGUGGAGGUGGACAUAUCGUUAUGGAUGAGGAUCAGGAGAGGACAGUGCUGGUGGUCAGUCUGGGGGUCAUUCCCCCUUUGGAGACCAUUAAUAUACUGGUCAGCACGUCCUCAGAGCUCAGCACACUCCCUAACGGUGGAAUUCGGGUAACCUCACCACCCGUCUGCUCUCCAAGAGUCCAACGCUCUGUCAAAGAGGAGCAGGCGUUUUCGCCCAGCACUUCUAGGAGGAGGGAUCAGCAUCAUUGUGCACAGGGAGCACACGAGCAGGCGGCCUCAGGUGUGUGUUUGGCUGCUCUGUUGGAGGAAGAGGCCAUCAACUCCAUUGACUAUGAGUUCAACUUCCAUCUUGAGAUCAGAGGACCAUAUUUACUUGCAGGUGUGGAGAGCCCCUCACAUGCCAUCCGGGCGGACGCGGACCCUUCGGCUCGCUCUGCCACCAGUAUUGUGGUCACACUGGCAGACAAGUACACCUACGACUGCCCUGUGGAGAUACUGAUCUACCCCAGUGAGCCCCAUCUGCCACACGUUCUCAUUGAAGACGGAGACAUGACGCCGGAGGAAUACGAUGAGCAUCUGAAAGGACGGAGCGACUACAUAAAGGCCACGAAGAAGGACUGCAGUAAUGAAAAGACAGUGGACAUCAUUCGGAAGAGGCUUCAUAAAGACAUCCUUCACAACCCCGUGGUCAUGCUCAACUUCUGCCCAGACCUCCGCUCGACAACCUCUGACCUGCGGAGCGUCCAGGGGGAAUUCAUCUUCCUCAUUGACCGCAGUGGAAGCAUGAGCGGGGUCAACAUCAAUCGAGUUAAGGAUGCAAUGGUCGUGAUUCUGAAAAGUCUUUUCCCAGCAUGCUUAUUCAACAUAGUGGGCUUUGGAUCCAAGUUCAAAACGCUGUUUGCUACCAGUCAGAGCUACGAUGAGGAGAGCUUGGCGUUGGCUUACGAACACGUGAAGAAGAUCCGGGCUGACAUGGGCGGCACAAACAUACUGGCUCCUCUCAACUGGAUCCUACGGCAGCCCAUGCAGAAAGGCCAUCCUCGCCUGCUCUUCCUCCUGACCGACGGAGCCGUCAGUAACACGGGGAAGGUUAUUGAGUUGCUCCGCAGCCAUGCCAGGUUCACCAGGUGUUACACAUUUGGUAUAGGCCAGGGUGUGUGCAGGAGGCUGAUUUUAGGACUGUCCGCCGUUUCCAGAGGCACAGCAGAGUUCUUGGCAGAAGGGGAACGACUGCAGCCCAAGAUGAUUAAGUCGCUGAAGAAGUCCAUGACAUCAGUACUGACUGACAUCUCCAUUGAGUGGCUGUAUCCAGAGACAAAGGAGAUCCUGCUCUCUCCAUUGGGGGCGACCUGUCUGUUCCCGGGUGACCGGCUGAUUGGAUACAGUGUGGUCUGUGAUACCUCCCGAUAUCACUCCAACCCCAAAUCAGACAAACGGAGACGAUACAGCAUGAUGCGUUCCAACGAGUCCGCCAGUUCCGUGUUCUAUCACUCUCAAGAGGAGGAUGCUGGGAAGUUUUACUGUGACGGUCAGGGGCCACACAGGGACAAUCAAGUCGGCUCGCUGUUUGACAGUUGCCAGGAGACCACGUCUGAGAGCAGUCCUAUUGCCACAGAGCAAGACAUUAUGGGAACUGACACAAGCACCUCUCCGAGAAGACGUGCUUAUAGCACCAAUCAGAUCGUAGAUUACAACCCAGUGAAGAAGGCCUACACCCCCAGUGACCCCAGCUCAGUGGUGGGGAAAAACCCUCUUAGACGAGCAAAAGUCCAGGAGCUCAUCGGUCAGACUCAUCCUGACUAUGGAGCUCAGUGGAAAAUGGACUACCAGCCACAGUUGGCCAGCCUGUGUGCCACGUCUUCAAGAGGACGUCCCAUACCUGCUCACAAACCUCCAGUGCAGCAACAAGAGGGUCUCCAGGGGGAGUCGAAGGCAGAUCAGACCCACCAUGGCCCCUCUGCACAGGGCCCUGUGGUGGAAGACGGCUCCAGGUCUUCAACAGACAGCCCUUCUCUAGGCAGCACCGGCGAUGCGGAUGGAUACACACAUCAGCUUUGCGAAGUCGAAACACCCCAAGAUCCUCACGCACCAGAAUUCAAGGCCAGUCACGGAAAGGGAGAUUGCAAAGCAGUCGUGUCAGGACUGCUGUGUGGGAAACCCAUGAAAUGGGAGGUGAUCUUUGACAUUCAACCUUUUCUAAAAGGUCGAGAGCGGGAGGAAAAAGUUCACGAGGACCUGUGGAACGAAACCUUUCAUCACUUGGCAGGACGCUCCAUUAUUAAAGACUUUGAACAUAUGGCGGACAAAGAGUGUGAGAUUGAGCAUGGUUCUGGAAGAAGGUACCAGCUUUACGCCAUCCACACGAGCAAAGCCUGCAACAUCUUGAGCAAAUACACAGCGUUUGUACCUAUCGAUCUGGACAGCAAUGAAUACUUACCCACCUACGUUGAGUACAGCCACCCUGGGGAGGAUCAUAAACGAAGUUCGCACUGCAGUUCUCGUUCCGGCAGCAGGAAGACCCGUGGCUACUCUGUAGGUCUGGGUCGGUCACAGUCAGGAGGUUUGUCUGGGCAAGAUGAUGCAGCAUUAUCCUACAAUGUAGACGAUGGAUCCCAGUCCCCCAGCAAAACUCCCUCCUCCUCCAGUUGGGAACGAUGUAGCUCUUCUGAAGCCUCUCAAAGGAGUCCGUCGGUGACCUCCGACCACUCGCAGAGAUCAGUCGAGAGCCUUUUCUCUGCCAGCAAGCUGAGCCUGAGCAGGACGCGUCUGCUGACGAAAGCGGCCAGGGGAUUCAUGAGCCGGUCACAGAGCAAAAUCAGCAACUCAGUGGGCGAGAGCGAAAAUGACAACAAGGACUACAUCCCUCUGGUGUCAUUGCAGCUGUCCUGUGGGGCGUUCAUGUUGGACAGUGCCUUGUGUGACGCCAUCAGCGUGCCCAUGGACAAGCUGAAGUGGACGUCACCCUUCACCAGCCACAGAAUCAGCCUUACCCACGUGUCCCACUCCAGCUCCCGGCGCUCCGAGAGCCUGGAGGUCCACCGUGGCUCCUCACCUCCUCCAAAAGACUCAGACUUGAACUCUGAAUGUGAGGAGCUGAUUUCCCGCACGUCCUCAUCCUCUUUCCAGGCCCGAAGCCCUCGGAUGGAGGGCGAGCCCUCGCUGCUGGGCAGCUUCUCGUCGAUGUCGACCGAAGCCCCGCCCUCGCCCAUCAACUCAUUGUAUGACAGCGGACGGGGGUCUGAGUCUGAAAUUGCAGAGAUGCCCCUGUCUGGUUCGCCUGGGAGCCUGCAAAGGGCCGUGCAAGACCCGGAGGGGAUGGUGUGGGCCACUGCAGUAGCUCUGGCCUGGCUGGAACACAGCUCAGCCAGUUAUUUCAUAGAGUGGGAGCUGAUCGCAGCCAAAGCAAGCAUGUGGCUAAAUGAACAGAUCAUCCCAGAGGGCCGAGACCUGGCGUCGGUCAAAGCCGCAGCCAAUCAACUCUUCAUAAUCCUCAGACACUGGGACGAAAACCUGCAGCUCAACAUGCUCUGCUACAACCCCAACAGCAUGUGAGUCCUUAUAGGGUAGGGACUAAACUUCAAACUAUGCUAAACGAAAGUUUUACUCUCCUUGAUUUGUUUUAAUGUUUAUUGUGUGGGUUUUGUUUUAGUUUUAUGAAUAGAAAUCGUAUUUCAUUACCAUCCACCCAAAGGCCAGAAACAUACUUUUGCGCAGGUACGUAGAUGCUAAUGUAUUGCAAGCUUCCUAUUGUGCAUAUGUAACUUGCGUUCUUGCGUUAAUGUGGCAGUAACAAACCUGUAAAAGACUGUAUCCACCUCAGAGUAAAGCCCGGUUCACAGCGACUAAGUGACAUGAUCCCAUUUAUUUCACUGGAGAGCUGGCAGUUUCUGGCGACACGAGCAAUAGUGACCAGCAACUUGGAAAAUUAUGUUUAACUUUAUGCAAAUAUAGAGCGACUUUCGAGAACGACAGCCAAUAGGAGUGAAGUCAGAUGGGGAAGUUAAUUUUAGCAGUCAGCAACUGCUCCCUAUAAUUUAUAGCCACGAUGGCAAAGAGCACUUGCUGUUUCUCGUUAAUCUUUAAUAUUAAGCAUUUUAUGUACGGCUGCACGAUUUAUCGCACUAUACGAAAAAUAGCAUUAAACUUAAACGCGAUUAUCACUUAAAUGUGAUACUUAAUGCGAUUAUGAAAUCACAAAGGCUGCGAUUGUUUUUUUUGUUUUUUUUGCACAGCUUGUCAAUGAAGUAUGGCUCCAAAUGUUAAUCCAUCUGAAAGCACUGCGAGUUUGAGUCACUUAUAAUGUACAUUUGAAAAAACAACACGUGUCAAACAUCUUUCCAAACAUGAGAAGCAUUUAUUAACAUCUUGUCCAACAAAAGACAACAUUUAAUAACAUGUUUUUACUCCAAACUCACUUCAUAAUGACAGUUGAGCAUCUCUCUGUGAGAUGAUGUGGCUUCUUACACAGAAUAAGGCAGUCGUGUGUUUAUUAGCCAUGUGUAAUCAAUCAAAGCAUUUCAAUCUUCGGCAACUGAUUCGUGGAAUACCAUUUGUAAAUGUCAUUCACAAGCAUUACUAAGCAACCAGUAGCGGGAACGCCCACUAGCCGAGUUUUAUUUAAAUUUACAAACAUAUGUUUUUAAAGGGGGGGUAUCACACACAGUUUCUGCCAAUCUCAUGUUAAUCUCAUGUUAAUCUUGAGUACCUAUAGAGUAGUAGUGCAUCCUUCAUAUCUCCAAAAAGUCUUUAGUUUCAUCAUAUUUAUAAAAGAUAGAUAUGCUGUACCGAGUCUUUCCAAAAACAGCCGAGCGCCUGGAGGCAUGGCGUAUGAGCGGAGCUAAAGAGUGACAAGCACGCACAGCUUUUGCGUAGCGAUCGUCUGCAAGCCAUUAAUGGUCAGCUAAACAAAUGUAUUUAAACACACACAAUACACAAUCGCAUUAUCCCUGGAUAACUUUUGAAUCACUAUAAUGAAUAUAGCGUAUAGUGAAUGAUGAAUAAUGAAUUUAUGAAUUCACUACGUUCGUGUUGUUUACAUUAUAUGCACUUAGGCGCCUAUUGCCAACAAAACAGACAUUUGAAGCAGUUUUACUCACCACCUGCAGGUCCGACUCAUGACCAGGAUCAUUAUCGCUGUGACCGCUCCAUGUUUCAAUUUCAAACGAUCUGUAAAUCCAGUGUAGAACUGGGCCUUGUUUAUAAAACCAUAAGCACCGAUCCUGAGGGCUCGAGCAGCCAUGGAAAAACACGAGAUAUUCUCCAUUCAUUUUAACCAAUAAAAAAGUGAUUGCAACUAUCAGUUUCUAUGGUUAUUUUAAUAACAAAUAUCAAGAGCGCAUCAAUGUAAUGCGUGAGCACAAAACUCUCAGCUCCACUUAACGCUGGGUUCUUUGGGAAGCAAGGUUAUCUUUCCCUCACAACCAAAAACACACUUAUUUGGUGACAUUGUUGAUUUCGUGAAGUCCUGUGCAGCGCUGCCGACGACUUCCAUAAAGCCGAACGAAGCACAUUGAUGGGCAUGCUCUUACUCUCUCGCUCUGGUCGACGUGUGCACGCGCUCUUCCGGGAGAAGUGCCCGUACAAGGAAUUCCGACCUUCUUGACGUCACACAGGCACAUACUCGAAAAAAGACUGCGAAGUUCAUGAGGAUUUGGAACAGUAUUUUUGGCACAGAAAUACUCCGUCAUUCGUCCAACUCGUGUUUUGAAACUUUGGCCAUGUUUAGCAUGAGAAUCCAACUCUUUAACAGUGUAAAUAAGUCAUGAAAUAGCAUUAUACCCCCCCCUUUAAUAGUUUUAGCUUUAGUUAAACCCUGUUGCAACCAGUGUUGAGUGUAAUUAAUUACUAAGUAAUCUAAUUACGGUAAUGUAAUUACUUUCCCCUUGAAAAAGUAAAGUAAAGGAUUACUCUUAAUUUUUCUGUAAUGUAAUUACAAUUUCUUCUGAUGUAAUUGCAUGAAAUACUGUAUAGACUAUAGAACAAUUCUAUAUAAAACAAUAGUGGAUUUAACAUCAAAAUGUAAUGUUAAUGUAUGUUUUUAAUGUAACCUCCUUUUAAAUACUUCGGUCAGUUCAAGAAUAAUUUAUGCAAUUGUAUAUUGUUUAUUCUAAAAAAAUCAAUAGUGUAGUUUCGUGUCUGUCCUUGUAUUGUUCAACUGGUUGAAGUUGAUAUGGGAUUUAGAAAGUAAUUAGUAAUAAGUAAUCCAAUACUUUUUAGAGAUUAAUUAAUACAGUAAUCUAAUUACACUGUUUAAGAUGUAAUUAGCAGCUAGUAAUUAAAGGGAUAGUUCACCCAAAAAUGAAAAUUCUGUCAUCAUUUACUCCCCCUUAAGUUGUUCCAAACCUGUAUAAAA